AUGAUGCAGGCGAUGAUAAACUCGCAGCAACAGCAGACUGACCGGCUAAUUGCCAAGCUGGGGCCCCGUGCGGGUUGUGAAAUGUCAGAUUCGCAGCCGAGACCGAGUACAUCCAGACACAGCCGGAGUAAUCCGAAUGAAACGGAUGUUGUGGACAGCCAUGACAGUUGUAGCGAAGGGGAAGUUGAUGUUUCGGAAAACGAAUAUGAUGAACUCGAAGGGAUUUUUUCAAAGUCUGGUGAUAAAGACAAUUAUGAUGAGAGUGAUGUGGCCAACUUAGUGUCAGAACUCAAAAGUUUCUUCGAAGAUUCCAAGGAAACAUCGACAGAUGUUAGGAGCGAGCUUGCUUCAACUGUGAGUGAUGGUAUCAGAAACAAUGUCAACAUGAAAAAACUCAAAGUUAUUAUGGAUAAGUACAAGCGGCCAAGAAACUGUGAAGCACUGAUCGUGCCUGCUGUCAAGGAAGAGCUUGAUGUCAGCGCCAUGGGAAAUACUAGUGUGAACAUUAAGGACUUGUUGGUCAAGUCAAUGGACACAAUCAGACUCAUGUCAGGGGCCAUAAGUGAACUGAACAAAAGGCGGAGAGAUGGAUUCAAGCCUGAUCUGAGUGGGCCUUACAAACGUCUCUGCUCAACAAAAAUCACUACCAGUAAGUGGUUGUUCGGAGAUGACCUGGGCAAGAAAAUAAAAGAAAUUUCUGACAGCAAACAACUCAGCAAGAAGAUGGGUGAAAAUCUCAGAAGAAAUUCUCUGACAGAUAUUGGCCGUACCAUAACAGACAAUUUAAUCAGGGCUACUCAGUCAACAAUACUCGUGGCGGACACAGGUUCCACACCCACAGAGGUCGUAACACCACGCCUCAACAACAGAACAAGUUCAAGAUCCCUUUUUUUACAGAAGAGGGAGGGGGAGAGGAAGCUCCAGUAG